AUGAGUGAGAACUCGCCCAACACUUCGGGGGCGAGUGAACUCGCGGAUCCCCAUGAAGAUCAGAGCCAGCCUGAAACUGACGAACCCUUCCAAGGCGAAAGCCCCCCCGCAGCGGCUGUGAAUAGUGGCGAACUGCCGAGCAGAGGGGGCAGUAGUUCCUCUAUCACAGAAGACCAUCAUGGCAAACCCUCACCUGUCGUUCCUCCUCUCGAAGGGUUAUCCGCCUUAGAUGCGGACAGACCAGGCCGAGCAGAAGCAGUUGAGCUUCGCGCGGUGGAAGAGCUAGAAAUGCCGCAACCUCGAUCGGAAGACCUGUUUGAAUGGGAAAAAGUACCUUGUGAGACUCCAUAUUACCUCCAAGGAGAUGCGUCAUUCGAAACGCCAGAAAAGCAAGCGGAACGUCAAGCGCUCAAGACGCACCAAGAAGUGGUGGCGGCUUUGGAGGAUACAUGGUCUUACUUUGCAAAGGAUAGCCAAAAUCGCGUCUCCAAGGAAGAGUACGCUCGGGUUUUGCUCCGUAUCUGCCUCGUGCUGGUACCUCAACUGAGAGGCCGCGAAGUAGUGGAUUUGAUAGAGGAAGAAUGGCGACAGGACUCUAAGGGCGAAGAAGGUCUUAGCCGUUCCGCAUUUUUUGAGUCUUUUUUUCAACUGGCGGACAUAUGGACCCCAGGCAUAGACGGUUCUGUCUACGCAGAGUUCCUCAAGCGGCUUUUCCGAAGAAUUACUGUUAAGAGGGCCCGCGCCAAAACUGGUGCAAGAAUGACAAAAAUUAAACCUAAGAUCGUCGUCAAGGUCAUGAACAAAGACCUGAAGGUAUCACAAGAUGAACCGAUGACAACCGAAUGGGCGGACUACUCGAACAUAGCGCCGCUGGGAGCUGCCUCUCGGGCAUUUCUGGAGAGUGUUUUCUCAAAAUCUAUCUCAGCGGUCCUAAAGGAAAGGCGAAAUCAAGAGGAACCGAUCGAGCGCCAGAGCUCCACAACCCCAGAACCUCCCGCUGAGGAAGAACAGGAAACGCCGCAGCCUGUUGCGCAUGAAACUACAGAGCCAACAACUCCACAACCGACGCCUCCACGUGCUCGCCGACACUUCGCAGAUUAUCAAAGCAAAAGCGACCUGCCCCUUCGAAUAUCCGGAGUUUCCGAGGAUGAGCUCAGGCAAUUCAAUUCCAUUGGGCUACCAGUGCAGAUGGAGGGUAUGAAGAAAUUAGUUCGUCUCAAGGGAGCUCCUCCAGCGCUAGAAAAACAAGUGGAUGAACCAGAAAUAACGAAAAGCGAGGCAGUGCAAGAAAGUGAAUCUGAACCGGAACCGCAGAAAGGGGUGUGUCAACUGGAUGAUGCUCAAGUUGUGCUGCUGCAAGAUCUGGCAUCCGUUGAGGGGAAUGACCUGAGCCUGGAGGACCUCAAGAAUGCACUAUCAUCAGACAAGAGUGAACAAACACCGGUCCCUACGCCUCCUGGAGAGCCAGACCCGGAACCUGAGCCCACACCCCCUCCAGAGCAGGAAACUGCGGCAGAGCCAGAGCCGAGCCCGGAGCCUGAGCCGGAGGUGGAGAUAGAGCCACAACCGGAGCCGCAUGAAGAUGUGGAGCCGGAGCCCGAGCCGGAGCCCGAGCCAGAGCCGAAGCCAGAGCCGGAGCCAGAGGCAGAGCCCGAGCCAGAAGAACCCGCCCAAGAUGGAGGCCAAGAGGGAGAGAAUACAGAGGCCAAGACAGAGGAACCUGCUCCAGACCCAGAAACCGAAGAGGCAACACCAACGGAAGAGGCCGCUGACGAUGAAUCAGCUGCUCAAGGAGAAGACGCGAAGCAGCCUUCACCAAAGCCAGCGCGGCGGCGGCCAGAGAACUUCAAGACACGGGUAUUCUACAGUCUGUGCGAAGAAUCACUGAAACGGACAAACGCAAAGACAUUCCGACGAUCAAUCAUGAUAAAGGGAGUAGGCUCCGUUGUUGCUAGGCGUCGCUCCGACUUCAAUGCAGCUCUCCUGCACCUUAGGGAGGGUGCUGGUGAUGAAAAGGAACCUAUAACGGAAGAGGCCUCUGUACCCAUUGAACUGAAUCAGGAGACGGACCCACUCCUGAGCGACGGACAGGAGGAUGAAGAACCCUGGCACAAAGCAUACCUUCAAGCUGAGGAGCCACCGCAGGAACACACUAUUAUGGUAACGGAAGAAGACGAAGUGGCCUUUGCUCAGGAGCCUCGGCAGGCGAUCCUGAUCGUAGGACCCAGUGGCCCCGAGAAAAGCCGCGUGGCUUACAGACUGGCAACAAACCUAGGUCUGGAGUGGUUGCAAGCCGAGUAUCUGCUAACGGCUCUUUGCAAGAUAAGCUCUUCCCUUCUGACCCCUCUGGGCAGGCGGUAA